CACUGCAGCCUGGUCAACAAGAGCAAAAAUCUGUCUUAAAAAAAAAAAAAAGCAGCACCCAACCCCACAAGCGUAAGUUUAAAAUAAACCCUCCCCCUCCGUCCUCUCCUUACCCGGACACCUGCCCAUCUGCCUCCUGCGAUCUUUCUCAAGCCAGGCCUUCUCCGCUCUCCACUACCCCCGCCCGGACCCUGCCCUCGCUCGGCCUCGACCUUCUGCCUCUGCACCAGUUCCCUCCUGGUCUGGACUUCGCCCUCCUCUUAGAUUGUCAGUCUAGUCUAGAGCUCCUUAAAUCCCUCCUGCCCGAGCUCCACUCUACCUUACACAGACAAGAGUGGGACUAUCAGCCCCAGUCUACAGAGGAGGAAACUGAGGCUCGGCAAGGCUAAAUCACUUGCCCAAAGUCCCAGGCCUGUCUGACCCCAGAGCCCAGGCUCUUGACCACGACUGGAUCUUCGGACUUGACCUUUCGGCCAGAACCCACCCCUCUGCGAGAAGCAGAGCACACAUUAGUAGCUUCAUGAGUUAGUCCAGCAACAGAGGGAGGGCAUGGGGUCCAAGGUGUCGUCUCCACUUCAUGAAUGAGAUAAAGUGCAGGCUGAGGGUCUCCUUCGCCCCGCCCCAGUUCCGGUGCCGAUCUCCCCUUCACUUCCAUUGGGGCGGGUCCCCAGGCCUCCAAACGCGAAGCCACGCCCCCACGUGCGUCCGCCUCCGCGCGGUGUUUUCGGACCUCGGCGGCCCCCGUAGCUCCGCCCAUCGGAGAAGAGACCUUACAGCGCCUGCGUUUUUCUGACCGGCAUGAAGCCACCUCCCAGGCGGCGAGCGGCCCCGGCGCGCUAUCUGGGCGAGGUGACCGGUCCCGCGACCUGGAGCGCUCGCGAGAAGCGGCAGCUAUUGCGACUCCUGCAGGCGCGGCAGGGCCAGCCGGAGCCGGACGCCGCCGAGCUGGCCCGGGAGCUGCGGGGCCGGAGCGAGGCUGAGAUCCGGGUCUUCCUCCAGCAGCUCAAGGGCCGCGUAGCCCGGGAGGCCAUUCAGAAGGUGCAUCCGGGUGGCCUUCAGGGACCAAGGCGCCGGGAGGCACAGCCCCCAGCCCCCAUAGAGGUCUGGACGGAUCUGGCUGAGAAGAUAACAGGGCCACUGGAAGAAGCCCUGGCAGUGGCUUUCUCGCAGGUGCUCACCAUCGCGGCCACGGAACCGGUCACCCUCCUGCACUCCAAGCCCCCCAAGCCCACGCAGGCCCGUGGAAAGCCUUUGCUCGUGAGCGCCCCUGGAGGGCAGGAAGACCCCGCCCCUGAGAUACCUAGCUCUGCCCCUGAUGCAUCUAGCUCCGCACCCAAGACUUCUGACCCUGCCCCUGAGAAACCUUCUGAGUCCUCGGCUGGCCCCUCCACUGAAGAAGACUUCGCUGUGGACUUUGAGAAGAUCUACAAGUACUUGUCCUCUGUCUCCCGAAGUGGCCGCAGCCCGGAGCUCUCAGCAGCUGAGUCCGCUGUGGUCCUCGACCUGCUCAUGUCACUUCCAGAGGAGUUGCCACUCCUGCCCUGCACAGCCCUGGUUGAGCAUAUGACAGAGACGUACCUACGCCUGACAGCCCCCCAGCCCAUUCCCGCUGGAGGGAGCCUGGGGCCUGCGGCUGAAGGGGAUGGGGCUGGCUCCAAGGCACCAGAGGAGACCCCUCCAGCCACCGAGAAGGCCGAGCACAGCGAACUGAAAUCGCCUUGGCAAGCAGCUGGGAUCUGUCCCCUGAACCCGUUCCUGGUGCCCCUGGAGCUUCUGGGUCGGGCAGCCACCCCUGCCAGGUGAGGGGCAUGGCGGGCAGGAGGCACACCAGGCCCCCUGCCCUGCCCCUCGGUUCUCGUUGGCUGGCCCUGGCUCUUUCUGAGGAUCCCGUCAUGGGGGAAAGGUCCUUGAGAUGACGCUCAGCUGUGGGGCGGGCCUCUAAGAUGCCCCAUACUUUGGGGGUCUCAGAAAUGGAACCCCCGUUGUACAGGGGUUGGGUGGGGGUUGCAGGACUCCACUCACAAGCCUCCUGAUGUCAAAGACAGGUGGACAGAGCUGGCCUCCCCCAGUCCCCAAGCCCCAGUGUGCCUUGUCUGCUGGGGGCCAUAGCUGGCACUGCCCACCGUAAAGGCCCUCGCACAUGUUCCCCCUUCCUGUACCUGGGGACCAGCAUCCUCACCUUCUUCAACUGACCAGUCGUGGAUACUCCCUGCCGCGAGGUCCUUCCCCUUCCCGGGGGUAUUCUGUGACCAUGAAUAAAGUUCUCAUUCUCUUUUCUGUUUC